AUGGCGGAAGAGACUCAAGCACCGGCUGCCACUUCCACACCGGCAGCGACGACGGAGGAGGUCGUGGUGGCGGAGAAGCCGUUGACUGAAUCGCCGGCUCCAGUUCCCGAGCCGGAGGUGGAGGAGAAGAAGGCCGAGGAGCCCAAGGAGAAGGAGGAGGUCGUUGCCGCGGAGGAGCAACCGAAGGAGGCGGAGGAAGCUGCUGCUGCUGCUGCUCCGGCCGCCGCAGAGGAGCCCGAGCUGAAAAUUGCGCAGUCGGUUUCGUUCAAGGAGGAGUCCAACGUCGUCUCCGAGCUUCCCGAGGCUCAGAAGAAGGCUCUGGAGGAGCUGAAGCAGCUCAUCCAGGAGGCUCUGAAUAAGCACGAGUUCACCGCUCCGCCGCCGGCCCCGCCGGCGAAGGAGGAAGAGAAGAAGGAAGAAGAAGCAGAGAAGGUUGUUGAGAUCAAGGAGGAGGCGGCGGAGAAAACCGCUGAAGAAGCUCCGAUAACUGAAGAGAAGAAGGAGGAGGCUCCAGCAGCUGAAGCAGCUCCGGCAGCGGAAGCAGCUCCAGCCGCCGCGGUGGAGGAGGUGAAGAAGGAAGAGGAAGUGGAAGUCAAAAUUGAAGAUAAGAAAGAGGAUGUGAAGGAAGAGGCCACCACCACAACCGUCGCCGACGUCAUCGCCGCUCCAGCCGUCGAUGAAGACGGAGCGAAAACCGUUGAGGCGAUCGAGGAGACGAUCGUCGCCGUAGCCUCCACCGAGCCACCACCACCACCAGCUGCUGAAUCAGCUCCCGAUGCCUCAUCCUCCACCAAACCAGAGGAAACCAAAACAGAGGAGCCGAAAACAGAGGAGGAAGCCGCUCCACCUCCGCCGCCGGAGGAGGUCUUCAUCUACGGGAUCCCGCUCCUCGGAGACGACCGCAGCGACGUGAUCCUCCUGAAAUUCCUCCGCGCCAGGGAUUUCAAGGUGAAGGACGCCUUCACCAUGAUCAAGAACACCGUCCGCUGGAGGAAAGAAUUCGGAAUCGAUUCCCUCCUGGAAGAAGACCUCGGAAACGAGCUGGAGAAAGUCGUCUUCACCAAAGGAGUCGACAAGGAAGGCCACCCCGUCUGCUACAACGUCUACGGCGGGUUCCAGGACAAGGAGCUCUACCAGAAUUGCUUCGGCGACGACGAGAAGAGCAAGAAAUUCCUCCGAUGGAGGAUCCAAUUCCUCGAGAAGAGCAUCCGGAACCUCGAUUUCAGCCCCACCGGAAUCUGCACCAUCGUUCAGAUCAACGAUCUGAAGAACUCCCCCGGGCCUCUCAAGCGCGAGCUCCGUCAAGCUACCAAUCAAGCCCUUAGCAUCCUCCAGGAUAACUACCCCGAGUUCGUCGCCAGACAGGUGUUCAUCAACGUCCCAUGGUGGUACCUAGCAUUCAACAAGAUGAUCAGCCCAUUUCUGACUCAGAGGACCAAGAGCAAGUUUGUGUUUGCUGGACCGUCCAAAUCUGCUGAGACUCUAUUCAAGUACGUAGCCCCAGAGCAAGUGCCUGUUCAGUACGGCGGGAUGAGCAAAGACGGGGACCAUGAAUUCACUACCUCUGAUGCUGUGACUGAGAUUGUAAUCAAGCCUGCCGCUAAGCACACCAUUGAACUCCCUGCCACCGAGAGUUGCACAUUGGUAUGGGAGCUGAGGGUGUUGGGAUGGGAGGUGAGCUACGGGGCGGAGUUCUCGCCGAGCGUGGAGAAUGGAUACACGGUGAUCGUGUCGAAGAACAGGAAGCUAGCGCCGACGGACGAGGCGGUGAUCUACGACAGUUUCAAGGCAGGGGAAGCGGGGAAAGUUGUGAUCACCAUUGAUAACCAGAGUAGCAAGAAGAAGAAGCUGCUCUACAGGACUAAGACCAAGCCCGUUUCUUCAUAA